AAUUCAUAUAUCAUAUACUUUGUUUGUAUAAUAUUUGAUGAUGGAAUCUAAGAUUUUUUGCCUUCUGAUCUUGCUCUUCCACCUCAUACCCUUUGGUGUUUCUUCUGAAGAAGUGUGUUCAGACACUGCAGGUUCUUUUAGGCCGAACAGCCCUUACGACAGGAAUCGUCGUCUUGGUCUGUCUUAUCUUCCGUACAAUGUCACUCCUCAAGCCGGCUUCUAUAACACGUCGGUUGGCCACGGACCCGAUAGAGUAUAUGUGGUCGGGAAGUGCAUCCGACACUCUGAAGCAGAAGAUUGUUCUGGUUGUCUCAAGGCGGCCUCCGAUGAGAUACUAAGCAAAUGCCCAAACCAAACAGAAGCCUUUUUGUGGCCAUACUAUCCGGCCCUUUGUCUCAUACGCUACUCUAACCGCUCGUUUUUCGGAUCCCUUGACUUGGAGCCUAGUCGUGUACUGUACUUUCGGGAUUUUGGAAAGAAUUUAACGGAGGUGGAUUCCGUUUGGGAGGAACUAACACUACGUGCGAUAGCUGCAGCUUCCUCGGAUGAGAACUAUUAUGCGGCUGAUGUAGCCGCCUUCAAACCCUUCGAAUAUAUAUAUACAUUAAUGCUAUGUACUCCUGAUAUAUCUCCAGGAAAUUGUCGUGCCUGCCUGCGAAAAAGCGUCGAUGACUUUCGGACAUGCUGCUACGGGGAUCAAGGAGCCAUAGUUGGAAAGCCAAGCUGCUAUUUCCGGUGGGGUUUGCAUCCGUUCUUUGGAGCUUUUCAGAAUAUCUCGUUGGCCCCUCCGACGCCUUCUCUUACACCUUCACCAGGCAUUGUGGCCAACACGACGAAGAAAGGAGGCGAAACCAUGUCAAAUCGAUCUAUAGUUUGGAUCGUCGUCGUUCCGACUGUCAUUGCCGUCUCGAUAUUGGUUGCUCUAGGAUUUGCUGUUUACUGCAGGAGAAAAUCUCAUCAAGCAGCUGAUAUUCAAAGUGGUGACGAUGUCAUGAAUCUACCGUCUCUGCAGUUCGAUUUCAAGACAAUUGAAGCUGCGACAGAUAAUUUCUCGGGGAGAAACAUGAUCGGUCGAGGGGGAUUCGGAGAGGUUUACAAGGGUGAGCUUCCAAACGGAAUAGAGGUUGCAGUGAAGAAGUUGGCAAAAACAUCAAGACAAGGUGCACAAGAGUUCAAGACCGAGGCCGUACUUGUCGCAAAGCUUCAACAUAGAAAUCUGGUUAGGCUUCUUGGAUUUUGUGUUGAAGGAGAAGAGAAGAUACUCGUUUACGAGUUCGUUCCCAACAAAAGCCUCGACCAUUUCUUGUUUGACCCGAGAAAGAAGGCUGAGUUAGACUGGGCGAAACGGUACAAGAUUAUUGGAGGGAUUGCUCGGGCAAUUCUUUAUCUCCAUGAAGAUUCACGGUUUACGGUCAUACACCGUGACCUCAAAGCGGGUAAUGUUCUCCUAGACACUGACAUGAACCCAAAAAUUGCGGAUUUUGGCAUGGCGAGGAUUUUUGGGAUGGACCAAACUCGAGCCCAUACAAAAAAGAUAGCUGGAACAUACGGAUAUAUGCCUCCAGAGUACGCGAUGCACGGCCAAUUCUCCGUGAAAUCCGAUGUUUAUAGCUUUGGAGUCUUACUUUUGGAGAUCGUAAGCGGGAAGAUGAAUAACAGUUUCUACGAAACGGAUGGUACAAGCCGGAAUCUGGUCACACAUGCUUGGAGGCUUUGGCGAAAUGGAUCGCCUCUGGAACUCGUGGAUCGAACCUUGGACGGGAAUUAUGAGAGUGACGAAGUCGUCAGAUGCAUCAAUAUCGCCCUACUCUGUGUUCAAGAAGAUCCGGUGGAUCGCCCAACACUGUCAACAAUCAUCUUGAUACUCACUAGAAAGAGAAUCGCUCUACCUGUGCCCCGAAAACCGGGAUUUUUCUUCCAGAGUAGCCGAGAUGAAGACGGAGUAGCAUGCCCGAGUUCAUCUAUUUCUUGUUCUGUGGAUGCCAAUUCGAUUACCGAUUUGGAUCCUCGUUGAGGAUGAUGAUGAUGAUGAUUUCCUCAUACCCAGAUCCAUUUUUUUUCCUUACAUGUUACUUGUUUCCGGUCUAUCUGUUGGUUCCAUUUUUA